ACGGAGUGGAAGUUGCCUGAUGACGUGUACGCCGUUGCCAGGGCUAGGGCCCUCGGCUCCCAAUGAAAAGCUAUAAGAAGUUGAAGUAACUUAGCAGUCGCUCCAUAGGUCAGGAGCUAUGGCGCAGCAAGUAAUGACCAACCUGGGUCCCAGGAGGAAAGGGAGCGCUCGGCUAGACCCACUGCCGUUCGCCAAUGGCCGGACAUCUCCUACGGAGAUGGCAGGGGAGCCCCAGGUGGUGCUGCCGGAUGGAAGGGCUGCUUCCUCACACCUGCCACCGCUCAACCGCGCGCGAGAUCCCGCCAGCGAGACGUUUGACUCGGUUCUCGCGGAGGAGGUGAGCCCGGGUGUGAGCCCAGCUCGGCGGGCGCGCAAGGCGGCGCUCAUGACGCGGUCCGUGGACGUGGACCACCGCACCGUGCUGCAGGCGUCCCUGGCGUUGGAUCAGAAGGAGCGGGAAAUGUCGCUCGUCCGCGACAACAAGCGCGAGUACGGGCGCAUCCUGCUGGAGCUGUGGGUGAACCAGGUGCUGGACGCGCAGAGCACCAGUGCGGCGGGGGCGCUGGGGGCGGCAGGCAAGGUGUCAGACGCACUGAAGAUGGACGCCAGCGCGCUGCGCGGCCUGGCCAGCUACGGUCUGACGCGUGUGGAGCUGCUGGGCGCGGGGCUGUCCAACGAUGCCAUCGACCGGCUGUACCGCUGCAUGUACGUAUACACGGUGGGCUUCUUCGAUGUCAUGCAGGACAUCCUCUCCCACAACGACUUCCGCACCGAGAUCCUGUCCAACGUGUGGAAGGGCUUCCUAACCAUCGCAGAGAGCGCACUGCAGGUUUCCUUCCGCUCCGACUACCUGAAGCUCUACCAGUCGCAGCAGGUGGCCAUGGCGGAGCUGCUGUUCGCUAAGGAGCAGCUGACGGAGGCCCAGCAGGACUCUGUGAACACCGAGAAGGCCAUCGCGUGGCUCACCAACGCUCAUGCGGAGGAGCGGGCGGCGCGGCAGAUGAUCAAGGCGCAGCUGCAGGAGGUGCAGGGUAUGUUGGAGCGGGAGCGCCAGGCCCACCAGGCGGCGGUGACCAAGUACGUGGCGGAGGUGGAGGAGAGGGUGCGGCUGCAGGCGGAGCUGGUGAGCGCCACGGCCAAGCUGGCGGAGGCGGCGGUGGCGCAGGUUGACCUGGUGGUGCAGCGCGACCAGCUCACCUCGCAGCUGCUGGCGGCGGAGCAGCGCGCGGGGCGCAUCGUGGAGCACGUCAAGGGGAUGUACGACGCGCUGGCCAUGGAGAAGGCAUUCACGCCCAACCCCCAGCUGGUCACCUCCCUGGACGCGUUGCUCAGCUCCGCAGCCGCCUCCGCCCAGGCGUCAGGCAGCCAGGAGGCCCGGACGCAGGCGGCGGAGGCGGAGGCGCGGGCCAUAGCGGCGGCGGAGGCGGAGGCGCGGGCGGAGGCAGAGGCCCAGGCAGCCGCUGCGGCUCCGGGGGAACCGGGCGAGGGCGCAGCGGAGGGUGCUGCGAGCGAGGGGGCUGCUGGGGCGGUCGCGGUUCCAGUAACAGCCGCCCCCACCUCCUCUUCUUCGGUGCUCCCGGCCGCGUCUGUUUCCGGGCCGGGGGCAGCGACAGCGGCAACUGGCGGGGUUGCAAGGGGCUCCGCGAGUGGGGGAGCAGCGCCGCCCGGCCGCUCCUCCGGCACGGGGGGGGCGUCCACCACCGGUCGGGGAUCCAACACGGGGGGCCGGCUGUCGGUGACGGGCUUGCUGGGGGCGGCUGUCACGGCAGCCAACGAGGGCGGGUUGGGGAGCAGUCUUGCGGGCGGCAGCGGCAACAACAGUGCGGCGCUGAGCUUCAAGGGCCCCAAACCCUGGCCGCAGCUGCCGCCGCUGGAGGCCGCGGCGCGCUCCGAAGCCACCAUGCUCUACGCGGAUCUCAUUUCGGAUCUGACGAAGCAGUUGUACGGCAUGUGGCGGGAGCAGAGCGAUCACGCCACCAGCACCACCCGCUCGCUGUACGAGGCGCGCGACAACCUGCGGGACUCGCGGAUGCGGGAACACGAGCUGCAGCUUGAGUUGGGUCGCACCCGCAGCUCGGCACAGGAGCUGCAGCGGCUGCUGGAUGACAGCGAGGCGGGGCGGGGGCGGGCGCAGGCGGCGCUGGAGGCGACACAGGCGGCGCUGCAGGCACUCAAGGAGGCCAAGGCCGCCGCUGACGAGAGCAUCUCCGACCUGACCCACUCGCUGGACGCCACGCGGGACAGCCUUGAGAGGACACAGGUGGAGCGCAACCGGCUGCUGGCCUCCCUGCGCACCGCCGAGGAUGACAUCGACACGCGCGACACGCGCAUCCGGCGGCUGGAGCGGCGGUUGGAGGCGGGGGAGGACACGCUGGGCGAGGUGUCGAGGGCCAUGGUUGUGUAUGCGAAGGCGGCGGCGGCGCAGGACAUCGCUCGCGGCUACUUCAAGAAGCGAUUCCUGGAGGCCUCCAAGCGGGCAGGCGACCUGCAGUGGAGCAUAUUCAGGGCGGAAAGACAGGUCCGCGCGCUGGAGGGCAAGAUCGAGCACAAGAACACGGAGCUGGCCACCCUCGCCUCCGCCACCGAGCAGGCCAAGCACCAGGCGGAGCAGGUGCAGCUGUCGCUGGCGGGGGCCAUGAUGGACAUCGAGAACAAGAAGGCGAUGAUCGGUUCCCUGGAGCGCGCCCUGAACAGCGCCCGCGAGGAGAUCCAGAAGCUGCGACAGGACCUGGAGGAGACCGUGAAGCGCGCGGAGACGGCGGAGAUGGAGCUGGAGGACGCUCGCGAGGAGAUCCAGCGCCAGAGUGAGGGCAUGCAGGCGCUGGAGGGGCGCAUCGCCACCGCGGGGGAGGAGCGCGCGCGGCUGCUCAAGCAGGUGGAGCGGCUGGUCAGCGAGAAGGCGGAGGUGGAGAGGAUGUCCAAGCAGCAGCGCGACUCCCUGCAGUCGGAGAUCAACCGUCGUGGCAUGGAGAUUGCCUCCCUGCGCGCCGAGCUGGAGACGGUGAACGGGCGGCUGGAGGCGACGCGGUCGGAGCUGGCGGGCGUGCGGGAUCAGUUGGAGCGGAAGAGGGAGAAGAAGAAGAGGUGGAAGCACCUGCACGACCAGUCCUCCGCGCAGUGCGAGUCCCUGCGCGGUGCCCUGGCGGAGCGGGAGGGGCUGGUGGCGGAGCUGGCGGCACGGCUGGAGCCGCUGGAGGUGGAUGUGGCGCUGCUCAUGGCGGACAGGUGUCGCGACAUGUCCGCUGUCAACCCGCCCGAGCCGGCGCCGGAGAAGGACACCGCGGAGGCGCAGGACCAGCCGGAGGGCGACAUCACCGGCGUGCAGCUGCAGUGGGACGAGUGCACCCGGCAGAUGCUGGAGCUGUCGGCAAGGCUUGAGACCCAGCAGCGGGCAGUGGAGGCGGCGAGGCGGGAGUACGAGACCGCCCGCGCCGCCUUCUACGAGUCGCCCACAGAGGAGGGGCGCAAGGCGAUUCUGCUGGGGAUAGAGGCUGUGCUGGCCAAGCUGCGAGUGGAGCGCGCGGAGACGGAGUCCGACCUCAACCGGUUGCGCGAGCGGCAGAUCCAGCUGCGGGCGCACAUGCAGGGCCACGAGAACGUGGCGUUCAAGAUCCGCAUGAAGCUGCUCAGCAAACGGACCAACAAGACCGACUUUGCGUUGAAGCACGAGCUGGUGUGUAGGCUGGAUGAGGCGCGGGAUCGAACCAACCUGCUGCAGGGCUCUGUGGACCAGCAGACUGCCGCCGCCACCACCGCCCAGAUGCGCGCCGCCAAGCUGGAAAUGGACUUUGUGAAGACGGAGGCGGAGCUGCGGGACCUCAGCGACAAGCUCCGCCGCACGCUGGAGUUCAAGGUGGAGUUGGAGCGGCAGGUGGCGCAGUACAAGAACAUGGUGGCCUUCCUGCAGGCCGAGGUGUCCAGCCUGAGCAGGGAGAGGGACGCGCUCAAGGCCAACCUGCAGGACGCCGACGCGCGCAUCACCGCCCUCACCAACGACGUGUCGGAGGCUCAGAUGGCGGUGGGGACGACCAGCAAGAGGCUGGAGCUCAAGUACGAGUCGGAGAAGCGCGAGGCGCUGGCCGCCGCUCUGGACCGGCAGCGCAUCCUGGAGGGCAAGAUGGCGGCGUGCGAGGCGAGGAUGAAGGAGGUUGAGGCGCUCAACCGCUCCGCCAACGACUCCCUGCGCCGCUACCUUGCCGCCACCCUGCACCAGCUGGAAACCCGCAUGCCGCCCGCAUUCAUCUGGCACAUCGCCCGACCCGAACACAUUCGCGAAGCCAUACUGGCAUGCAGCGGCAAAGCCAGGACGCCACAGCAGCAGCAGGAGGGGGCGGGGGGUGCGGGGGGUGCGGGAGCCGCAGCAGCGGCGGUGGCGGCGGUGUUGGCGGAGGGGGAGGGGAGCAAGCCCAAUGCGCCGCCGCCGUCAUUGGUGGCGGCGCUGGGCGGAAUGCCUUUCCGUACGAAUUUCGACUAUGACCGCGACACGGUGCUGAGCUUCAUGUCGGGCAGCUGGUCGUUCGACAUCACACUGGUGGUGAUCAGUCAGGUGUAUGUGGAGAAGCUGCUGGCGGACAUACGCGCGGAGGAGGGCCUGCUGGGCGGCAUGGCGGGUCCGCGCCACUCGCUGGAGUCGGUGCUGUACGACUUCUUCACGCUGCACUUCGGCUGCCGCCCGGCCGCGGAGCUGCACCUGGCGGCCUUCCUGGCCUCGGUGCGCAGGUUCAGGACGCAGCACCCCAAGGUGCGCACGUUCGCCCGACUGCUGGGGCUGCCCGAGCCGCCGCCCACCCCCAGCUCCUCGGAGGACGUGCUGACCCGUGGGUCACUGCCGCCGCCCGCCGUGGAAUUCUACCUGGCACUGGUCAACAGGGUCCACGCGCGCGCGGGUCCGCUGAUCGCCGAGGCCGCGGAGGGCUUCUCGCUGGUCAAGUCCAAGGUGCUCGCUCGCAUCGCGCGGGAGUUCCUGCGCGGCUCCUUCGCCACCACGCGGGAUGACGUGGCGGCAACACCCGAGCACAUACGGCACAUGGCCCUGAAUGACGAGGAGAAGGCCAUCGACCUGGAGCUAGCCCUGGAGGCCAUGCUGCGGGCCUUCAUGACGCAGUACCACGAGGACUUUGAGGCCCUGUGCGCCACUUUCAGGGCCAGCUUCGACAACGUGGGCCGCAAACUGGUCACGCUGGACGACCUGUCGCUCUUCCUGCGCCAGCUGAACGCGGAGAAGGCGGCCUCGCUGCCGCCCUCGCGCGCGCUGGCCAUGUACGUGGAGGCGUCGCGGGCGGCGGGGGCCAACGCGGAGCAGCUGGGUCGGGAGCUGUGCCGUGCGGUGCUGAACAGCGGUUUCGUGGGCAUCUCCACGCACGUCACGCGGCACGAGCCCAUGCGCUCGCUGCCGCCGUACGACGAGUUCGAGCUGCUGGAGGAGAGCUGGCGGCUGAUGCGGGUGGCGGUGGAGCAGCAGGUGGCGGUGCUGAGGACGCACACAGAGAGUGUCAAGUGCGACGUCACCGCCUACGUGGACCUGGCUCGCCGGGUGGACGAGCUGGUGGGCGGGCGGGACAACCCGCAGCCCGCCUGGUCCACCUACCGCCGCCUGCUCACCACAUACUGCUCGCUGCGGGAGGCGGUGGAUGCGAUCCUGCCCUUCGACCCGCCCAUCGGCACGCUGCUCAACGCCAGCCGCGCUCGUGCCACCAUCGCUGUGCCCGCACCCGAGGCGGCGCCCGGAGAGGAGGGCGAGGCCGCUGCGGCCCGACCCCGCACCGAGGAGGAGACUCCGUCGCCGGCGGACGGGACGUCACGGGAAGCCUCACCCGCAGGUCGCCGCCCCGCGCUCAAGACCAGCGCCAGCCGCAAGAACCUGGGCAAGGCUCUGUCGCGGGAGAGCUCGGGGCGCUUCACGCUGGAGCCGGCCAUGUUCGACCUGUCGGGGACGGGCGGCGCCACGGCGGCGGCGGCACGCAAGAGCGGCAAGCUACUGGCACCCAGAGGAGCCAACCCGGACGGCGCGACCCUCUCCCGCUACUCCACGAUGGCGCCGGACCGGGUCGCCAGCCCACCCGACGCAGUGUCCGCUGCUAUUGCCAAGCUGCAGGAAGAGAAGAAGGAGGAGGCCUAGAGAGGGGCUGGGCAGCUGCGGGGGUUUGAGGGGUGCGGAACUUUGGAAGCGCAGGUGCAAAUGUAGCUGCGGGUGCAGUAGUAUAUAUAGGUGUGGCAUGCUCAUGAACUGGGUUUGGUAGGGAUUUUGCUAGUACCGGUGGUAGCAUCACUGCUAUUGUGCUUGUUAGGUUCGACUAGGUGUUUAGUCAACGUAUGGCGUCUGGUGACCUAUACUUAUCGUAUCAGUCCGUUGAACAGUAUUCGUGAACGCUGAGCCUUGCCUUCCAUCCCCGUGUGAUACUUUCGGUCUGGGGGCAUCCAAUUGCGCGGUGGCUUUGGGCAUGGAUAGUACUGUGAUCGGCGGGGAGCGGACGGUGCAUGCGACGUUUGGCAUUUGACAAUUAUGAAGCCCAGGCCUGCUAAUAAGGGUGGGAAGCGGCAAGCCAUGUGGAUGCAUGCACUUGUUCAGGAGUGGCCUAGGUUUACCUCACUAAGCAUUCAGAAGGGCAAAGCCUAUUGUGAGAUAGGUUAGCCACACCGAAACCUACCCAUUGUCGACCUAUGGAUUGGCUGGUAUGUCAUGAUGACUAUAUUUAUGCACACAUGGUGGGGUAGGUUCGCAGGGUAGAUGUUAGCCCAUGGACUUGGCGUAACUGGCUAGGCCAAUGUCUAUCACUUAAUCCGAUUGCAGUUGUUUUGCAAACUCAUCAGGAGCAAGCCCUCUGCAGUAGUUAAACAGAGUGUGCUCUGCGCCCCAAACCGACGAAGGGACGGCAUGUCAAUACGCCCUACACAUCACGGCGAAGCUGCUGUUAAUGCAUCAACGAAGUCCCCCCUAACAGGUGGGGAAACCCUACUUAGGCCUCCAAGUUCUUUCUCUAGGAAGACGCGGGUCACUGGAGGGGAGCAAGUCAAGAGUCCACCAUACCACACUUGUUCUGCCAGCAACCAAGUCAAUAAUCAGGAUGCGAAACCAUCAUCCUGCUAGGUUCUCUAUUGCGAGAGCUAGCACGGAGUCAUUGCUAGUGUUACUACUGGGGCGCGGAUGCCCCAUGCAAGUCACUAUGCCACUAGGCCCACGCAAAGCCACACGUGGAUACCCACGUCAAAACUAAUUCGCGUGUCAAGCUACAGCACCGGAGCACCACAAUCCCUUGGUGCUACACUGCGGAGGCCUGACGCCCGGCCCAACGUUCUCGUCAUGUACGUCAUCAGUCAUCAUAAAGAUUAGGUGCACAAAUCUAGGCAAAUCAUCUGCACUGUCAGGCCGUAUCCUCAACCUAAAGCAUUUCUCACCUCACCCCUCCCAGCUCGCUCGCGUGCACAUUAUCACACAACCAAGCCACUAAACAAAUCAACAUGUACGACGCUUCGCCUUCAAGUGUGUUUGGUCAUAUCGUUAGCGAGAAGUACAAGACGUCAUUGUCGACUACAGCUACAGGACCCACUACAAACCCUAACGCCGACUCGCUGCCGGCGCCCCGCCUUGACUUGCUCCAGGCACCCGGAUCUGCACAUCGCUCGGCGACGCCGACUGGACAGAGAGGUCGUCCCGCAAACUGUUUGCGAUGCUGGCGCUCUGAGCUGCCAACGGCUGGUCGAGGCUUCCACUGACAGAGUUGCUGCCUGCGUACUGGUACCGUGCGUUGCGGCGGCGACGGUACCAAGCAGCCACCAGCACGAUAGCCAGCA